GGUCGCAUAAGCUGAUGAUAAAACAGAGAGACAGUUGUAUAUUCAAAAUCUAAAUAAACUGUUUGCAAAUAUAAUCUGUAAAGGCGGCUUGUUUGUAAAGCCUCGUAACGGCAUCAAUCCUAAUCAGAAUAAAAAACCGCGUAAACUAAGCACUAAAGCGAAAAAUGCUGCACUGAUAAAUAAACUAGAUUGUUUUCAAAGAUAAAGAUAAAAUGAGAAUGAUGCAGUUCGUCUGCGGCAGUAAUGCAGAUAAAUUCACUUAUAAACUGCUGGGAUUAUUAAUAUAUUCAUCCUGACAACCUUUAUUAUAGAACUGAUUACUAAGUAAAUAUGGCGUCGGUUUACCCUCGCACCAAGAAGAUGCUAAAGCGCGAAAGAGUGACGUUGAAUGUUGGCGGCCAAAAGUUUGUAACUUACUAUUCGACUCUAAACUCGUUACCAGCAUCGAGGCUAGGACAAUUAACGGCCUCCGAUGUCUCUUACGAAACGGUUACUGGAGAGUACUUCUUCGAUAGGAACCCUUAUCUUUUCCAUUUUGUUUUGGACUUUUACAGAACUGGAGAAUUACAUUUUCCGCAUGAUACUUGCGGUCCGUUGAUAGAAGCUGAAUUAAGAUUUUGGAAGAUCAGUACCGAUCAUAUAGCUCCCUGUUGUUGGAGAACUUAUAACGAGUACGCGGAAGAAAGAAAUACGUUAUUAAACGUUGAGAAAAGCUUAAAAACAUCUAAUUCAACUAGAAGAAAUCUCUCAAACGCAACUGUUUUGGAACAAUGGAAGUAUAAAGUCUGGAAAUUCUUAGAAGAGCCUCCCUCUUCUUUGUCAGCUAAGCUUUGGGCGCACUUCUACGUCAGUCUACUUAUUAUAUCGCUUAUUAUUCUCUGUUUAGAAACUCAUCCUAAAUGUAGAAUUCCCCUUCCUUCAAAAGAAUAUCAGUAUAUCUCGUCGAUAAGGCAGGAUCUAUUAAAUAUGACUAAUAACAAGUUGAAAAUGUUAAUAACAACUAGGGCUCAUCCUUCUCUUAUCUAUAUGGAUUAUAUAUGCACUUUUAUCUUCAGUUGCGAAAUCUUAUUACGGUUUAUUGUUUGUCCGGUGAAAAGGAUAUUUUUUAAAUCUUUCUUCAACGUUCUCGACUUACUUAGCAUCUUACCAAUGUUUGUUCUGACGACAACCGACUUCCUCGAUAGCACUUUAUGGGUUCGACAUAAUAUUUUUAUAGGAUACUGCGUUCUCUCUUUGACAUCGGUUUUUCGUGCAAUAAGGGUUCUAAAGUUGGUCAGAAGGCAUAGAGGCGUUAGACUUAUGUAUUUAGCUGUAAAGUCUUCCGCCACACAACUUCUUCUAUUGGUUCUACUCCUGUUCAUCGGAGCUAUUAUCUUCUCAACUAUGAUUUAUUACGCUGAAUUAAACGAACCUGAUACUUUCGAGAAUAUACCAGUUGGUUUAUGGUGGAGUAUUGUAACUAUGACUACGGUCGGUUACGGUGAUCAAUUUCCAACAUCACUUUUGGGCUAUAUUGUUGGAUCCAUUUGCGCGUUAUCUGGAGUUUUGGCAACUGGCUUACCAAUACCUGUUAUUGCAAACAGUUUUCAACUUUAUCACAAGUACGCAAGACUACAAGCUAAAAUGGACGCAGAACAUAUAAGAAAGGAUGACGAAUUAAUUUCCAAACUAUCCAAAAGAAUGGGUGCUCAUGCUUCUUACAGAGGCGGUAUUCGUAGAUUGCAAAGGGUAAAUUUCCAUUACAAUACACAAUUUCUAUAAGUAACUCUAACACUUACAUAAAUAAUAAACUGUUAGUUGUUUGUAUACCACUUACCUCGACAACUUGUCCGCAUUUAAUAGUAUAUAUUCUUCGAGAAUCCCCCAUUUAACCUUCACCCCUCCACCCACGAUCUUCUCCCUAUACAUAUCAUAUAUAUAUAUAUAUAUAUAUAUAUAUAU